UUACACUAUUAUAAACCGUAACCUCUUCGUAAACCCGAAAUCAAAUUCAAAUUCAAAUCACUCUUUCAAAAAACCCAAAUGGCUCAAAACUCUGAGUUCUUCCUCCCGCCUCAGUUUCUCACCGACGACGAAAAACGGUUCGUCGAUCACCUCUUCACUCCCUCCGAAAACGACGACGUUUUCAACUCCUUUUCAACCAUUGAGAAAGACUACAUCAACGAGUUAACUCGUCGCAUGGCCAACUCAUCUCUCCAUCACCAACUCGCUCUCAACAACAAUUCUUUCAAGGGAUCUUCACCACAAUCAAGGCAAAACGACGCCGUUUUGAACUUCAACUCCUACUCGAACUCUCAGAGAGCAAGGAAUGAUCUGCUGCAUGCGGAUGCAGGAGAAGCCGAUAAGGUUCAUCGAGUUAACAACGAUGAAGCUUUUUACGGCUUUCUCCCGAAAAAGCCCUCUGUAUUUCACUCUCAGAAUUAUCCACUCUCGAACUCUCAGAAACAGUUACAGUUACAGCUUCAAAUAGCACAAUUUGAGAUGUUGAAGAAGCAGUGGUUGAAGGAACGAGAUGAACUCGCUCGUGGUUGUAGCAUUUUUCCUCAGAGGUGUAAUUACCAAAAUGUCCUUGGAAGAGGAACGAACAGUGAAACGGUUUUUCCGGGAAAAGUUGGUUUGUCGCCAUCUGCAUGGCCUUCUGUGCAAAAGAUUGGAAACAACAAUAAACCCGUUUUUCCUGGAAACCCUAAUUUGAAAAAGGAAAGAAACGGAACCGGAGUUUUUUUGCCUCGGGUUGUUGAUACCGAGUCAUCAAGAAAAAAACCAGUGAGUAGAAAUGUGGUUGUUCCUGAUAGAGUUGUUCAUGCAUUGAAUCGGAAAGUUGAUGAAGGUGUGAUUAGAGGUUACAUGCAGCAGAAGAAUCGCUUUGAAAAUGGUGUUGCACUUGCAAGGAAUGGGAGUGAUGAUGGCUUUUUUCAUCAAAAGCGGAACGUGAAAGCACAGCAGACAGAGGUGGUGAACAGUGAGAUUCAGCUACCUCAAGAAUGGACUUAUUGAUAUAUUAGGUGGGACCGGGACCGAUGUUUUGAAAAUUGAACCGAACCGAACCCGGUUCAGUUUGGUUUUUAAAACACUGGGUGAAUAAAUGUUUAGGUUCAUUAUUCAGGAAAAUUGUAGUACAGAAGAAGAAGAAUUAGGGUAAGGGAAGGGUCUAGUAUGGCUUUUUGGGGGGUAUUUUGGGAAAUGGGUGAUGUUAUUAUAGUCACUAUGUUUGGGAGGUGGAUUAGAUUUAGGAGAAAUAAAUAUUGAUGCAAAAUUGGGAAGAAGAUGAAGAAGCAUAAUGAGGUUGGAGAUGAUUUGGUGAAGAUGUAAUUACAGUUUGAUGUAAUCAUUUCUGGGGAAUUACAUUUUGUGUAAAGAUCAUAAUGUUACAACCUGUCCCACCCAAAUUACAAUAAAUGAAUGGAGUAACAAUUGUAUUUCAA